AUGCAGACCUUCACAAGGUUGACCGUUCCUUCCCUGACCCGCACUGCCCCCUUGGCCCUUGCCUCCCACUUUCCCCCUUUAAAUGCUCCUAUCACCCCUCUAUGCAGACAGAUCAUCCAACACAACAGCUCUCAUCUCUCACUUUUCACUAUGCAAAAGAGUGCUUCAGCUGCUUCUUUAGGCCCAGGGGGUCUAGACCUAUCUGAUAGCUUCUUCAAACCAAUCCAAAACACAUCCGCACCAUCACCCACCAAACGCCAUACCAAAAUCUCCGUUAUCGGUGCUGGUAAUGUAGGCAUGGCAAUAGCCCAAACGAUUUUAACCCAAGACUUAGCUGAUGAGCUUGCCCUUGUUGAUACCAACGCUAACAAGCUCCGUGGAGAAAUGCUUGAUCUCCAACAUGCUGCAGCUUUUUUACCCCGCACGAAAAUUCUUGCGUCCACUGAUUACUCUGCCACUGUUGGAUCUGAUAUUUGUAUUGUUACUGCUGGGGCUCGACAGAUUGCCGGGGAGUCUAGAUUGAAUUUGUUGCAGAGGAAUGUUGAUUUGUUUCGGGGGAUUAUACCUCCUCUUGCUCGGUAUUCUCCUGAGAUGAUCUUGAUGAUUGUUUCGAAUCCUGUUGAUGUGUUGACUUAUGUGGCGUGGAAGUUGUCGGGGUUUCCUUCGAAUCGGGUUCUUGGAUCUGGUACUAAUUUGGAUAGUUCCAGGUUUCGGUUCUUGAUUGCUGAUCAUCUUGAUGUCAACGCCCAGGAUGUGCAGGCAUUCAUCAUUGGUGAGCACGGGGAUAGCUCUGUGGCAUUAUGGUCUAGCAUAAGCGUAGGGGGAGUGCCCGUAUUGAGCUUCUUAGAGAAGCAGCAAAUUCCCUAUGAGAAGGAGACACUAGAGACGAUUCACAAAGCAGUCGUAGAUAGUGCGUAUGAAGUGAUUAGGCUCAAGGGCUACACAUCUUGGGCAAUUGGGUACUCAGCUGCUAACUUGGCUCGGUCCAUACUCAGAAACCAGAGGAAAAUCCACCCUGUUUCAGUUCUUGCAAAGGGGUUUUAUGGCAUUGGUGACGGGGACGUGUUCUUGAGCCUGCCUGCACAGCUAGGCAGAGGAGGGGUUUUGGGGGUGACCAAUGUGCAUCUGACGGAUGAGGAGGCAGAGAGGCUUAGGGACUCUGCUAAGGCCAUCCUGGAGGUCCAAAACCAGUUGGGACUUAAAUAG